UGAACUGGUGCUCUGUGAAAUUGUGGGAUGUGUUGUGGGCAACCAACCUAAUAUUUUGUUUUUGCAGGGGAAGAGCAUGGAAGUUUAACCACUUUUUCGGAAAAGAGAUGGCAAUACUGAAUGAAAAGAGGCUGCUAAAUCAUCAGACUACAAGUAAUCCGAUGUCUACCGCCAUGCAGAUUACAGAGAGAAGUUACAAAUGGCAGUUUUGCUCAUCUCGGUACUUGAUGCAGACGAAAGAUUUGUUUUAAAGACACUUGACACUAUUCUAUGUAUUUGUAAGUUGGAACAACAGAACACCGGCAUGAUCAGCCAUCAAACGUGUACAUUAUGAUACAGUACAUGUGCAAUACAUACUAUACUCCUAGAACAAGAAGUAUGAGGUGAAAGUUUCUCUUGCUUUUAAAGAAAGGAUAACAUGGCAGAGUCAGAAAAUAUCGCAGUUUCUUUACGUAGAGCCCAAGUGACAAAAGCAAAUCAGCCCCGUCAGGACAAUCUAGGUCUGCGGGCUGCCAAUAAUGGUAGACAACUACUUCAGCAGGCAAUGGAUUUAACGAGAG